AUGCCGCCUUUUACGACCCCGAGGGCCGACGCGCGUCGCCAUCAGCAGCUACAGCAGCGGCAGCGGAGUCGCGCGCCGUGGCUCGCCGGCUGGAAUCGCCAGUGCCUCGCUGCGAUCAAUCUAGACGUCGCCUGGGCGCGCUUCGUCAAGGCAGUCGGCCGGCGGUUAGAGUCCCCAAACCGGCCGGCUAAGUUCGGUUACUAUGCCGGCUGUUACGGCUGCCUAGCCGGCGUGGCGCUAGUCUGCGCGCUUCUCGUCGUCCUCCCGCUCAUUCUCCAGCGCCGCGCGUUUCUCUCCCCUUCCGCCUUGCGCGCCGCGUCAUCCAUCGACCGCGAGGCGCUGGCGCUGGCGGUGGAGCGGCGCGGGCCGUACAUCGACUCCGCUGACAUCAGCGCCGCAUCCGCGUGGCCCUCCGCGCUCGACGACCUGCCGCCUCCCCGCGAUGCUUCCGCGCGCGAGUCAGUCGCGCGCGGCGAGGGGGGUGCGGGUGGCGAGGUGGUGACAGGGGGGAAAGGGGAGGGUGAAACGCGGGAGGAGGAGGGGGGGUUUCUAGGGGGGAAACAGCAGGGGACAGGGGAGCGGAGAAGGGGAGGGGAAGCGGAGGGGGGCGCGGAGGCAGCGUGUGCGACAGGAGGCGCGGGGUGCCCGUACCCCGACAUUGUCGUGCGCGCCAAGGGUCCACUGCAUGCGCGCAUGGAGGCGGUGUGUGCGGGGUACGCCAUCACGCAGCUGCUCGCCAUGAAGCUCUCCCCGCCCGUCGUUGACGCCGUCGGUGUCCCCCACCCCCACGGCCCCCAUGCUGGUUCCGCUGGCGCUACUGGCGCUGCGGGUAUGGAUGCUGCCGCUGCUGCUGCUGGCAGCAGUGGGGGCAGCAGCAGCAGCGGGGUGGUGGAGGGGCCAGGGGUGGGAGAGGAGGGGGUGAGGCAGCUACGGCUGGCGGUGCUGUGGCAGCCGGACAGCGGUGUGUGGGACGCGCACUUCCACCACCUCUUCCACCCGCUGCCGCUCUCGCCCUCCCUGCCUGACGACCACGACGCACCGCUCAACGGGUCACACAACGACUCACGCACUGCGGGUGCAGCGACGGUGACGGUGCUGCAUGAGAAGCCGCUGUGGCUGCACUCGCCACACUACGCUGAAGGAAGGCUCGACCUGGACAUCGUGCCAGCUCCAGCACAGUCACCGCCACGUCAGCAGCCACCUCAGCAACCACAGCCGCAGCCGCAGCCGCAACCACAGCCAGGCCAUCCGCAGCCGCAGCACAACCCGCACGGGGCACAGCAGGCGCCGUGGCUGGUGGAGCAGCCGCCCAUCCCCUUCCCCACCCAACCUCACACCACUCGCCGCCGCCUGCUGGGCACUGGCGCCAACAGGGUGGGCACUGGCACCGGCACUGGCAGGGCGCGCUCCUCCCAGCAGCUCAGCAGCGGCCGCCUGGCCUCUGCCCGCCUGCUCUUCUCGCCUCCUGGGUCCUCCCCUUCCGGAGAUGAGCCUGGCACGCAGAUCAGUGGCGGGCAGAGCAGUGCUGGUCAGAGCACUGGAUGGGGGCAGAGCACGUCACGAAGGCGACUGGCAGAAGCGGCAGGAGGCAACACAGGAAGCUCAGGAAGCACAGGUGGUAGCAGUGGUGGCGGUGGCAACACAGUGUCUGUGAGCCUGCAUCUACUCUCGUCCCUGCGCAGUGCUGCUACAAGCAUGGAGGUGGCACCAGGCUCAGAGGAGGCGAUGGAGCUGCAGGCGUCCAUGGUGGAGUGCUAUGGCAUGCUGCACCCCUCGCCUGCCGUGCACGAGAUAGUGGCACGGGAGAACCUCACUCACGUGCGCCACAGCACCGCCGUCUACAUGGAGCCAGUGCUAUCAGGGUGCACGGGGUGCGAUGUCAAGCAGGUGGUGAACUGCACGGCGCGGCGCCUCAUGUGGCUCUUCCUCGCGCACCCCGCCACCGCCACCACGCUCGCCGCCUUCUGGCCCUCGCAGGCCCUCGCCGUCGCCCACACCUUCCACCCCGCGCGCCAGCCGCACCUCCUCCGCACCACUCUGCACCGCUCUGAACAGUGCCGGCCGAACCCCCAGCGUGGGGAGAUGGCACCACCGCCCAUCGUGCCGCACCCGUGGACGCCCAAGCAGAUGGCGGAGAAGCGGCACCGCGCUGACAUGGCCAAGAACGUGAGCCGCGCCGACGCUGCUGCUGCUGACGUGGCGAUGAGUGUGGCGAGCAGGAAGGAGCGCAAGGAGUGGCUGGAUAAGGCGGUGCAGGAGCAGCUGCAGGCGGAGAAGCGGAGCGCGCGAGGCACGGGCGAGGGCGGAGGGGAGGAGGGGAGCGGGGCAGGAGCAGGAGAGGAAGGAGCGGGGGGAGGGGAGGGAGGGAGUGCGAGCUUGAUUGCAGGUAUGGACGGGCCAGAUGGAGGGGGAGAGGCAGGCGGGAUGGACGCGAAGGGCGAUGCACGGAGGGAGCGAGUGCUGGAGUUCUUGCAGAAGAUGUACGGCCCGGGCAUGGGGGCAAGGCAGAUGGGGAAGACGGAGGGCGAGCAGCGGCGGCAGAUCAGGGCAAUGCUGAAGGAGCUCAUGGGGCGGGACUGGAAGACGGUGCUGGAGGGGGAGGAGGAGGGCGAGAAGGAGGGCGAUGGGGAUGGGGAGGGGGCGGGGGAGGGGGAGGGCAAGCCAAAUGUUUUCAGUAUGGUGCGAUUGCGGCGGUUGCUGCAGUCUGAGGCGGGGGAGGAUGGUGAAGAGCUGGGGGAGGUGAAUGAGUCACAGCAGGAGGAAGGGAGAAAGAAGGUGAAGCAGCGUGAGCAGCAGCAAGGCGAGACACGGGAGCAGCAGCAAGGCGAGACACGGGAGCAGCAGCAAGGCGAGACACGGGAGCAGCAGCAAGGCGAGACACGGGAGCAGCUGAGGCAACACAUGGAGCUGGCGGAGAGAGAAAUGGCUGAGAGGGAAUCGAGGGAGAGGGAGUUAGUGCAGAGGGAGUGGGAGGUGCUGGACGCGAAGCAGCGGUCCAUCCGGUGCUCCCAGCUGGAGGCGGCGGAGCUGUUCGCGCUCUCCCACGCGCCGCGCCUCAUCCACCUCCAACACUCCCCCCAGGCCGACUUCCUGCACGCGCAGGCCAUGGCCAGACGCGCCCAGGAGGCUUCACGGGCUGCGAGUGGGGCUGCGGGGAGGGGGGAGCGGGGCGGCGGGGGGUGGGUGGGGGCGAUGGCGGAGGGCGUGGAGCGCGGCGAGGAGGUGGCGCUGGUGCGCGAGGAGGCUGUUUGCCAGGCACCGUCAAGCAAGCCCAUCACGAAGCACCGCAUCGGGCACCAGCUGAUCGUGGAUGAGGGCAUAGGGUUGGUGUACUGCUGGGUGCCCAAGGUGGCGUGUACGAGCUGGAAGGUGUGGAUCCGCCAGCAGCACCACGACAGCCACAGCAACGACCUGCUGUCAACGCACCGCCCCUUCGCCUCCAACAUCACGGAGCUCUGGUACGCGCUGUCGGAGCCGGCAGCCAUCCGCGCCGUGACGCGCCCCGACCUGCUGCGCUUUGUGUUCGUGCGGCAGCCCUUCGAGCGCAUCGUGUCCGCCUACCUCAACAAGCACGUGGCGGGCGGCGGGCCCGACGGAUGGGGGCGCAAGUUCUGGAAUCUGAACUUUUUCGGGCAUCUGGCGUACUUCAGGCAGAUGAACAACCGCACGGGCGGCAACUUCACGUUCCCGGAGUUCGUGCGCCUGGUGGAGUACGGCAUGCGCUUCGACAGGCGCAAGAACAUGGACAACCACCUCGCCCCGCAGUCGCUGCUGUGCGGGCUGGACCGAAUAAGGUACGACCUGGUGGGGCGGUUUGAGCGCAUGGAGGAAGACGUCAAGGCCGUCAUGACGCGCCUGGGCCGCCAGCCGGGCGAUGCGUUUGACUUUGGCAAGAAGAUCCACCCCACCAAGUCCAGAGACCAGCUGCUGCAGCUCUAUAGUGACGCUGCGACAUACUUGAAGGUGAAGAGCACAUACCAGGCGGACAUGGAGGAGCCGUUCAACGCCAUCCACUUCGACCCGCCGCCUGAGCUGCGCGACAAGUUUGAACCAAAGCCAAGUCAAUACAGGGCCGUAUGA